AUGAGCCAAUCACAAGGAACUGCUGACGGUGGGCAGACAUUGACGGGAGCAGUAGAGCAAAAACCGACAAAUUUGAACGUUGGAAGCAAAGGUAGGAAUGGAAAUCUAUUAAUAGAUUUCGAGUUUGACUAUUUUGUUAGUAUGGGCUUUGGUUACUGGAGUUAUUCUACCAUAAGAGAAAGGAGAUGGCUUCUUGACCCUAUUGGGCCAGAGCAUACUGGACGAAAAUGUCUAGUGCUUGACUUGGAUGAGACACUAGUACACAGUUCCUUCAAGUUAAUUCAGCAAGCCGAUUUCGUAGUACCGGUAGAGAUUGAAAGUCAAAUACAUAACGUCUAUGUAAUAAAACGACCGGGCGUGGAUCAUUUUUUGAAGAAAAUGGGUGAAUUAUAUGAGAUAGUCGUAUUUACGGCCAGUUUAUCAAAAUAUGCGGACCCCGUACUCGAUAUGCUUGAUAUACAUAGAGUUGUUAAACAUCGUUUAUUUAGAGAAUCAUGUUAUAAUCAUAAAGGAAACUAUGUAAAGGACUUAUCUCAAAUCGGACGUGAGCUGAAGGAUACAAUCAUUAUCGACAAUUCUCCAGCAAGUUACUUCUUCCAUCCGACAAAUGCUGUUCCGAUAUCAUCAUGGUUUAAUGACCCUCACGAUACAGAAUUAUUAGACCUUAUACCGUUCUUGGAAGAUCUAACAACAGUUGAAGACGUAAUGAUGGUCCUAGAUUGUUCGAAUGAGGAGCCGCAAAGAGAAGAGAUUGAGGAGUAG